AUGGCCGAAGGCUUCUGCUUUGCCGAAAAGAAACCUCCCCGUCCUGGGCAGUUCUCGCGGAGACCUAAACCUGAGCAGCCUCAAUCAACUGAUACUUCCCAAUUCUUCCCUGUGCCGACAAACAUUCCUGCUAAACACUCUCCACCCAGUCCACUACUCGCCCCUGUCCAUAUCCAUAAGCCUGCGGCACCUUUAGAUCUGCCUGAGCUUGGUCUAACAGGGGGCAAAGUUCUCUCUGAGAUUUCUUCUCAUCAUAAUGGAGAAAACCUCAGUGGUCGGUCGGAUAAUUCUUCGAGUCACACCAUAAUUCCACUGGAGAAACCUUCUACACGAGAAAGCCCUGGCGAAGCAUCAGUCAUCUGUAUUGGUAGCUCCGGGCUCUCUCAUGAAAACAUAUCAGAAGCUUCUGAUAUAAACGCACCACCUCCAACAGAAACUGGAUCUACCUUGGAUACUUCUCGCUUCAGUAAAGGGGCUACCAAAGCUCAAGUUUCUCAACAGCUAGGAAAACAGGCAAAAAUUUCUCUACCUCACAUCAAAGUCCAUGGACGCCAACUUGAAGAUCUAAAACUUCCCCUUCCACAUAUUACCCGUGUUGACCGAGUCUCACAUCAACCGCCCUCUUCCAGUGUUUGUGGUGACCUGGAGGCACCUGUUCCCAGGACUCCCAUGACCACUACAAAAUCCCGAAAUCGUGUAUCCCGUGGUCACUGGCCGACUCAGCCCCCAUCGGCAUCUAAAUACCACAGAGUGUCUGACAGAAACAAUGAUCGCCCAACUUCCAGGAGCAGCAAUAUCUCAAGAAAACGCUCAGCUAAACAGAGAGUCUAUCCUCCAUCAAAAUUUGAGCCUGACCGAAAGAAAAUUGCAAUGCAGAACGUGGCUGAAUACUGGAAUGAGUGCAUACAGAUCGCUGAAGCUGAGCGUCAGGAGGCCCUUCAGGAGAUUACAAUUCUUGAGGAUAAGUUGCAGCACACUCAGAAGGCUUUAGAAGAGUCUGUGCAACUCGUCUCAGAAAAAGAUUCCGCGAUUGGGGAUUCGAAGAGUCGCCUUGACAAGUUGCAAGAAGAAGGAUCACUGGCGGAAAAGGAAACUCAAAGAUUACAGGGUGAGAUUGAGUCUCUUCGCUCCGACUUAAUCAAAUCUCGAGAUCACGAGGCAGCCACUCAUGAAAAGUAUCGCAAACACCGAGCAAAGCUUAAUGAAGCUAUUAAAGAACAGCAGGAUCUCUUUUCAAGGGUUCGCAAUCUUCAUAAAGAAGCGAACGAUGAGCUGCAAAAGGAGAGGGACAGGCGAGAGAAAGAGGCCAAAGCAGUUGAGCUAGCAUUGGAGGACAGUCACAGGAAGCGCGAAGAACUCAAAUCGUGCAUUGAAAAAUAUCGUUCCGAGUCUGAGCAAGAAGCACAGAAGCAAACCCACACAAUUUCCGAGCUGCAACUGAGGCUCGAAAAUCAGGAGAAGGAAAUAAAUCGAGAAAGGAAAGGAGCCAUUGAACUCCAGAACCGUCUGAAAACUGAAUCAAACUUACUGGAUGAGGUGAAAACGUUUCGUUCUGAUAUGUCCUCACUAAGAGAAAGUAACGAGAAGUACAAUGAGUGGAGUAAGAAACAGGAAAGGUUAACAAACACCCUUUUGGAGAAACUCGACCUGAUGAACGGUCAUUUGGAGUUGCGCAGUGAUGGCCUAACGACGAAUGAAGAAGUCAAGAUGAUGGCGGAUAAGUUAGAAACGAACAUUAUCUCCCGUUUGAUGUCUGAGAUACAGAAGAUAAUCUCGUCUCAAAAUGAUGCAAAACAGUCAGCCGGGUCUCUUCAGGAUAUCGUCCAGGAGCACUUUGAGAAGCUGCAUAACAACAUCGCCGAUCAACAGGAGACUCAAUCAAAAGGUCAGCAGUGGCAUAAGCAAACACACCAGGCUCUCGUUGAGCAUCUGGGGGACAUUUCUGCCAAAACUCUCGCCACCCAGAAUACCUGCGACGAAACAAAUAAAAGUUUAGCCAGACUUGCUACUGGCCAUUCGGUUUGGCAAGAAGGGUUCCAGACUCAUAUUGACGACAGGUUAGCCAAACAGCUUCAAGAUCGUGAAUCAAAGAUCGGGGAUCUGGAGAAAACUCUGCACCAGAUCUCUCAAGAAUGGUCUAAGAAGCUCGAUCUCAUGAAAACUUCCAUGCUUGAGAGCGACGAGCAGGCCAAAGAAUACUUGCAAGCAACUAUUUGUGAUAUCAAAACUACGCUCACGACAAAGCUUGAGGAGGAAAGGGUUGCCUCAGAGAAAGAGAUCUCCAAGUCUGAAACUAUGCAGGCAGCGGUAGAGGCUCAUCUUCAACAAGUCAAAAUUCAACUCGAAGGGAUGUCAUCGAGUGGUCCAGAAUCUCAGUUGUUGCGCGAGACGUUGGCUGAAGAACGCAAGAAAACCCACGAUCUACAAAAACAGCUUGCUGCUUUGGAGUGUGGCUCCGGUGUAAAUGCAGAACUAUUCCAGAGACAGAUACAGGAUCUCAAAGCAAUUGAUGCUUUGAAGAACCAGCUAGAAGGAAUGACCGAGCAGGUUCCCAGGGUGGAAAAUCUUAACACCACGUUCAACAAGAUGGUUGAUCUUAAUCAGGUAAUGCAGUCUACCGCCUUUUACCUGAGCAAGGAGCGCCACUGGGUUAAUGAGAAACUGGGCGUUGUACCGCAACCUGUCGGCUCGCAUGCACCACGAGGGGGCGAGACAGGAACUCAGUCCUCUUACUUUAAUGAGCGCGCUCCUGAAGAGCCUAAGUCGUGUGGUCAAGAGAAGAGUACUGACAGGGAGGGAUCGACCAGCCUGAGUGGCCUCACUACUCUUGAUUUACAUUACCAGGAAGAAAGAUAUCGUCGUAAAGUCGUCGUAGCCAGUCCGGCAUUGGAAGCAUCUUCACCAGCACCGGCGCCCUCGGUAAUACAGGAGCAAACGAGGCGCCGAGAAGGCUCUGCCCCCCGAUCUAUCCUACGACUUUCGACUGCCUCGACGCAGGAAACCGAUACUAUCAGACCACCUGCAAAUCACAGUCAGUACAACAGGCCUGUGGUAGCUAAAGUCAAUUCGGCUACAGGCUGUAGCAACCCUGAGGUGGUUGAACAGAUUCGGUCGGGUUUGAUCCAGCCAAAGUCUGCACGCCCUAACUGGGACUUCCCUACUAUGGAAGAUUUUGCCAAAGAAAUUCUGCCAACUGGCAAGGAUGACGGUGGAAUCGGGAAAAAGCACAGUAUCUCUUUUGUGGACAAGGAAGACCAUAUCGCAUCUCCUAACAAACGAGUCAAGUCGGAGGAAGCACCAGCCGACUCGCAACCUAAGAGUUCAGACAGGCCUUUGUUGCUUCGAACACGCCAUGUGAUCCGAAAGACGUACUCGAAGCAAUCGAACUAA